AUGGCGCCUGUCGCAGAGGCUCUAACCGACGUACAAAAGCAAAUUUUUACGAAAAUCAGUAAUAAUGAAGUGUUUGAGCUCAAAACGCUGUUGGCAGCGAAUAAAAUUAAAAUGGAUUUUGUAGAUGAGAAUGGUAUGAGUCCACUUCAACAUGCUUGUUAUAAAGGAAACAGAGAAAUAGUACAGAUGCUCCUAGAUCAGGGAGCAGAUGUAAAUGCAUGUCAACAUGAACAUGCAUACACAGCUCUUCAUUUUUCAGCUCUUAGUGGAAAUGCUGAACUUUGUCACCUUUUAAUGUCUCAUGGAGCUCGUCUGACAGCAACAAACAGUGUAGGAAGAACUCCAGCUCAGAUGGCUGCCUUUGUAGGCAAUCACAAUUGCGUAGCAACUAUCAAUAAUUUUAUUCCAAAGGCUGACAUAGAUUAUUAUGUAAAACCUCAAGGUUUACAGAUUGAAUCAAUGCUUCCACCACAUUUAGCAGAUUCUUUUCAUAAAUUUAUAAUGCAAGUUAAUGUGCAUCCUAUACGUGUAGCUAUGAAUUUACAAAGAUGUCCUGGUCUUUUAGAAAAUGCUGCUAAGGUACAAAAAGUUUUAGAAUCCAUGCGCCAUAAGGAAAUGACGAGAGGUGCAGAAACAAAUGAAGUGAUGGCAUUUAAAUAUCAUUAUCUUAGUUGUGUUGUAGCUGAAGUGAUCAAGUUUCAAAAAAGACAAGAAGCAAUGAAGGCAGAGAAAAUCGAAAAAAUAAAUGAAGAAGGGGACGAUAAAAAAUCAGAUACUAUAGAAGGUUUAAUAAGAAAAUUUUUGAAGUGUAGCAAAAAUGAUGGUAUACCAGAAUAUCAAGAAGCUUUUCUGCGAGAAAGUGUAAGAGAGUUUCUAUAUAGAGAGAGUACAAUCUUUCGACAAAUGGUAGCAACUCUUGCAGCUAGUGAUCCACCAUCUGCUAUAUCAGUAGUAUCAGCUGCUAUUAAUGGUCAAAGAGCCUUCUCAGACAAUGCGCAGAUUUGCAUUACAUGUGGAGAAGAUAAAGCUAACAAAAAGUGUAGCAAAUGUAAAGCAGUGCAAUAUUGUGACAGAGAAUGUCAAAGACUCCAUUGGUUUAUGCACAAAAAAGCGUGCACUAGAUUAGGGCAAAAUAUAACACCAAGUGCGAAAAUAAGCGACGCAGAUAAAGAACAAAUAAGCAACUCUGUGAGCUCUAGGCUACAAAAUCUAAGUGUUAAUUGA